AUGAGUCCGUCGAUGUCCAAUUAUUCGCCCUUUUGCUCCCUGCCACCUGAACUCUUACUUUUAAUAAGCGCUUGCUUAGACUGCUCAGCCUUAUGUUCUUUCCGUCUCACCUGCAAAACCAUAUACGACUGCUCCUUUCCUCGAUUUUGCAAGUAUCUCGAAAACAUAACGACAGACCUGUCUCUGGCAUCGCUACAAAAGCUAGACACAUUAUCGCGGAAUCAACGACUGUGCCCCUUUAUCCAAACGUCGAAUAUUGACGGCACAGAACAGGAUAUCAUAGGAUCGGGACUUACGUGGGAACAUCACCAGUCUGGACUCCUUGUUAUCCCACAAGAAUCUAUUCAACGGUGGCAAGAUGUGUUACUGCGCCUAGUGAAUUGCCAGAAAUUUCGUCUGUACAAGUGGGACACGCCCGUUGAUCCCGACCCAUUCGAUCGAACAACCCCUAACGAUGCAAUUACAAUCCUGCUCAGCAUUGUUAUUGCAAUAGAGCGUCCAAUACGAGAGCUAAGCAUCUUGUUCAAACGGCCAAAUAUCAUUUCGGUGGACCAGCUCGACUUGUCCCGCGUCCACAGCAGCCUCCUUCAAGAUCCGAAGUUCAUUACUACAUGCUGUUCUAGUCUGGAAACCCUCACGUUUAGAUUCAAAGUGGAGGAAGAAGACGAGGCUGAUUUUGUGGUGCAUCUCAUACAUCAUGCGAAGCCGCGCCUAAAACGACUGACAAUUGAUUUUUCUUUCGGCGAAUGCUCGGCGCCUCUUAUGUUUGACUUGUCUCUGAUGAUACGGCCUCCCCUAAGACUACAAGAGCCGGAUCUGAUUUGUGGCUGCGUGGACUCAGACCAGGAUUUGAUCAGGUUUCUGUUCUCCUCCAAGCAGACCUUGGUCAAAAUACACUUCAGCUUUUUCAAAAUCGAUUUUGGGGGGUGGCCGGCCAUUUUCAGGACCCUUUCCGAAUUUUCAUCACUGACCGAAAUUUCUGUAAGUCAACUAAGCGGAUAUACGACGCGGGGGCGAUAUGGAACGUUAUAUUUUCGUGAGCUGCUGUGGGACCCUAUCGUUGAUCCUGUUCUAGGGACAAAGUUCUCUUAUAUGGUUGAAAGUCGUACAGGGAGAACCACUGUGAAGGUUGCUUACUCUGGCCGUAGUAUGAAUAUUGCAUUACAGAAGUUGGCCGAGUAUGCAGCUUCCUGUCUCAGAGUCAUGGGGAUAAUUGUCAAGCAGAUCUCUUUAUUUCCUUCACCUAUUAUAUAUCUCUCACCCUACAAAGAUACAGUAAAUAGAGAUACAUCAUGGUCUUCACCUCCUUUCUCUUCUACUAAAACCCAUAUUGACUCCCUGUCAGAUCAUCGUAUAUUAACAAUAAUUACUGAUGCCCAAAAAGAUCAUUCAUCUAUACUAUCGAAGCAACACUAUAAUCUCACUCCUGCCCAACCGGGCAACCCAUCCCAUUUCUCCUUAUCAUAA